GCAGAACUGCAGGCGCCCGGCCGGCUAAGCCUGCGCUGGGCCGCCUCGCUAGCUCUCAGCUCCGCAGGCGGCCGCCGGGUCUCGACCGCUGAGCCCACAGCUUGAGGCGGAGCAGGCGCUGAUCCGAGGCCAGGCUGCCCAGGAGUCUCUCGGAACAUGGCAACCUGUAUGGGGCUUGCCCCCAAAGGAGAAGUCUUUAGCCCUUGUGAUGCCUGAGAACCAAGUGUGACGCGUCUCCUGGUGUUUCAUGGUGAUCCCCUCUGUCCUGUCCGCACCCUGCUCCACGUGGCUCCUGAACCAUGGGGGAGAAUGAGGACGAGAAGCAGAGCCAGGCCGGGCAGGUUUUUGAGAACUUUGUCCAGGCUUCCACAUGCAAAGGGACCCUGCAGGCCUUCAACAUCCUCACCCAACACUUGGACCUGGACCCUCUGGACCACAGAAACUUCUACUCCAAGCUCAAGUCCAAGGUGACCACCUGGAAGGCCAAAGCCCUGUGGUACAAAUUGGACAAGCGAGGCUCCCACAAAGAAUACAAGCGGGGGAAGUCGUGUAUGAACACCAAGUGUCUCAUCGUUGGGGGAGGACCAUGUGGCUUGCGCACUGCCAUCGAGCUUGCUUACCUGGGAGCCAAAGUGGUCGUGGUGGAGAAGAGGGAUACCUUCUCCCGGAACAAUGUGCUGCACCUCUGGCCUUUCACCAUCCACGACCUGCGGGGCCUGGGAGCCAAGAAGUUCUACGGGAAGUUCUGCGCCGGCUCCAUCGACCACAUCAGUAUUCGUCAACUGCAGCUCAUCCUAUUCAAGGUGGCCCUGAUGUUGGGAGUUGAAAUCCAUGUGAACGUGGAGUUCGUGAAGGUUCUGGAGCCUCCUGAAGAUCAGGAAAAUCAAAAAAUUGGCUGGCGGGCAGAAUUCCUGCCUGCAGACCACGCCCUGUCGGAGUUCGAGUUUGACGUCAUCAUUGGUGCUGAUGGCCGCAGGAACACCCUGGAAGGGUUCAGGAGAAAGGAGUUCCGGGGGAAGCUGGCUAUUGCCAUCACUGCCAACUUCAUAAACAGAAACAGCACAGCGGAGGCCAAGGUGGAAGAGAUCAGCGGCGUGGCCUUCAUCUUCAACCAGAAAUUUUUUCAGGACCUGAAAGAAGAAACAGGGAUCGAUCUUGAGAACAUUGUUUACUACAAGGACAGCACCCACUAUUUUGUCAUGACUGCCAAGAAGCAGAGUCUGCUGGACAAAGGUGUCAUCAUUAAUGACUACAUCGACACAGAGAUGCUGCUGUGUGCCGAGAACGUGAACCAGGAAAACCUGCUCUCCUACGCCAGGGAAGCUGCAGACUUUGCCACCAAUUACCAGCUGCCAUCCUUAGACUUUGCCAUGAACCACUAUGGGCAGCCCGAUGUGGCCAUGUUCGACUUCACCUCCAUGUACGCAUCCGAGAAUGCAGCCCUGGUGCGUGAACGUCAGUCGCACCAGCUGCUGGUGGCCCUCGUGGGUGACAGCUUGCUCGAGCCAUUUUGGCCCAUGGGCACAGGCUGCGCCCGUGGCUUCCUGGCAGCCUUUGACACAGCAUGGAUGGUGAAGAGCUGGGACCAGGGCACCCCUCCCCUGGAGCUGCUGGCAGAAAGAGAAAGUCUGUACCGGCUAUUACCUCAAACCACCCCAGAGAACAUCAACAAGAACUUUGAGCAGUACACAUUGGACCCAGGGACGCGGUACCCAAACCUCAACUCCCACUGUGUCAGGCCCCAUCAGGUGAAGCAUCUGUACAUCACCAAGGAGCUGGACAGCUACCCUCUCAAGAGAGUGGACUCAGUGAGGAGGUCCAUCAGCCUCUCCAGGCGGGAGUCAGACAUCCGGCCCAGCAAGCUCUUAACCUGGUGCCAGCAGCAAACCGAGGGUUACCGGCACGUCAAUGUCACCAACCUGACCACAUCCUGGCGCAGUGGCCUGGCCCUGUGUGCCAUCAUCCACCGAUUCCGGCCAGAUCUGAUCAAUUUUGACUCUCUGAAUGAAGAUGACGCUGUAGAGAACAACCAGCUGGCAUUUGACGUGGCCGAACGUGAAUUUGGGAUCCCUCCAGUGACCACCGGAAAAGAGAUGGCAUCAGCCCAGGAGCCAGACAAGCUGAGCAUGGUCAUGUACCUUUCCAAGUUCUACGAGCUCUUCCAGGGCUCCCCGCUGAGGCCCAUGGAAUCUUGGCGCAAAAACUAUGGAGAAAAUACAGACCUCAGCUUGACCAAAUGCUCCAUUUCGAAUAACUAUCUCAACCUCACGUUUCCAAGGAAGAGGACUCCACGGGUAGAUGGCCAAACCGAAGAGAAUGACAUGAACAAGCGGAGGCGGAGAGGCUUCAAUAACCUGGAAGAGCCAUCAACCUUCUCCAGCCGUAGAUUGGGCUCCAAUCAAGAGUGCAGCAGCACUAAGGAAGGUGGAAAUCAGAACAAAGUCAAGUCCAUGGCAAAUCAGCUGCUGGCCAAGUUUGAGGAGAGUACUCGGAACCCCUCGGUCCUGAAGCAGGAGUCUGUACGGAAGGUGUUCCCACUGAACCUGGGUGGCAGCGACACCUGCUACUUCUGUAAGAAGCGAGUGUACGUGAUGGAGCGGCUGAGCGCCGAGGGCCACUUCUUCCACCGCGAGUGCUUCCGCUGCAGCGUCUGUGCCACCACCCUGCACCUGGCCGCCUACACCUUCGACUGUGAUGAAGGCAAAUUUUACUGCAAGCCUCAUUUCAGUCACUAUAAAACCAAUAGCAAACAACGGAAGAGGCGGGCAGAGCUGAAGCAGCAAAGAGAGAAGGAGGGGACGUGGCAGGAGCAAGAAGUCCCUCAGCGAGACACUCCCACGGAAAGUUCUUGUGCAGUGGCUGCCAUUGGCACACCAGAAGGUAGCCCCCCAGGUAUCUCCACCUCCUUCUUUAGGAGAGCCCUGAGCUGGCCUCUCAGGCUGCAGAGGGACCUGCUCCGCCUCCCCUGGGGCCUGCUUAACUGGAUGCAGGGACUCCUGCAAGCUGCCGGCCUCCAUUUCAGGGACAAUGCUUACAACUACUGCUACAUGUACGAGCUUCUGAGCCUUGGGCUGCCACUUCUCUGGGCCUUCGCUGAGGUCCUGGCAACCAUGUACCGGGAGUCUGAGGAUUCCCUCGAGAGCAUUCGAAGCUGGGUGCUCAGGUGCAUCCCCAUCAAGCUCCAGUGAAGCCCCUGGCUGUCCCAAAGUGCCUUAACAUUUCCAUAGUUUAGAUGGCAGUGUGUUUGUAGUUUGCAAAGGCUCUGGCCAGGAAGUCUAGUGUCUAUAACCAAUUAGCUCCAAGCCAAAGAGUUUCACAUUGGCCACCUAUGACUGGCCUUGACAGGAUGAACAUCUAGCCAUGGUGCUAGGGCCAGGGAUGACAUGAAGGAUGUGUUUUAUAACUUUGUACUGUUUUUUAUACCAAAGCGAGCCAUAUUUCUGGGUUUACAUUUCAAUUUUUUAACUUUCACUAAGCCAAGAAAAAACAUUUUUUUUUCUAAAGUGUCAGUUUUUCUAAACAUGGGUUUGAAGUUUAUAAUCGGUUGUACAAGCCCCUUCCACAUUCUAGUGAGUUGUAAUAAUCGCUACCUGCAAAGUUAACAGUCUGGGAUUUAUAUACACAAAAGUGAAUGUGCGAUCUUCUGACAAGUGCCUUUUGACUUUUGUAACUGGAUGCCCCUUGUCAACAGUGGGCAUGUUUUUUUUUUUGUUGUUGUUGUUUUGGGUUUUUUUUUUUUUCCAAUAUGAAAGCAUAAUGAUUUUGGAAGAAAAGAAUAAUAGAAUGAAUGCACAUAGCAAUGUGUAGUUGACUCUGUCCUCCAGAGGGAGGACCAUUUUCUCUUUUGUUUUGAUAUAAAAGAAACUUAAGGGCUUUUUCCCACACCAAAUCAUAAGCCAGUGUUGCAGAACCACAGGGUUUCAGAUUGUUGCAAACCUACAUUUUUCCUUCCACUAAUGGGCACUGCAGGGAAAGCCCAAUGGCACUUGACCCCAGAGAUCCAUCAAGCUGAUGCCAUACUGAGGACAAGCUAUUUCAGUUGGUGGCAUUUGGGCCUCUAAAAGAUAAGGCCGCUCAGGGAGAGGAAGAAGUCACCCCCUCCCUUGGUGUUAGCUGAGCCUGAGGGUGCUUGUGAGCCCUUGGGAAGCAUGGCCUGCCUAGUGGUCCUUGUCUACAGGUGCCCAGCCACAUGGUCCUAACAUUUAGGGUCCAGGUUCAUGUGACCCUAGCAAAAAGGGUGUUUGCACUCCAGGGGGAUCUCUGCGGCAUUCUUGACCGGCAGAGAGGGCUAGGAAUGGACCAAUUCAAUGAAAUGGGUCCUGUCAGAGCAAAAAGUGAGUAUGAGGCCCACCUGCAUGUUUUACUCAGGGUGUCUGGCAGAGCCCUCAGCUGUCCCCACCCCGACUCUACCUGGACAUGCACAGCUGCAGGAUCUGGUUGAGCAACUGAGGAGCUGAUAGAGAAAGACCCUCUAGGGGUUCAGUGUACCCACAGUCUUUAGGCUCACGAGGCCUCUGAGUAAAUACUACCUCUAGAGAUUCCUCUAGAUCCAGGGCUGGAACCUGGUGCAUGUGAGGAGCCAGAGUUCUCGAGGACAUGAGAUGACAAGUUUCUAUGGGGGGUGGGGGAGGAAAUAGGGGUUGCAAAAUUUCGACAAUCACUUCCCUGAAAUCCUUGGGGGAAAACAGCAGCACGACUGUGGCCAAGUCUGUGGGAACUGGCUCCUCUGACUCGCAUUGUAUUUUUCUCAUGUGUUGCUGGGAUUUCAAUGUUACGCACGAUGGAGGAGCUGUUGGUUCCUUUUAUGUUUGAUUUAAAUUCUUGAGGUCACGAUGUGGACAGCCGUGUUACUGUGAUUGCCACCAGCUCAGGGUGGGCUGAUCCCCUUUGUGAAGCUGGGGUUUCUGGUCAUAAGGAGACUGGUUUGAAUUACUGUAAUAGAGGGGGUUGUGCCUGUCACAAGCCUGAGAUAUUUGUAUGUUCUGAGACCGUGAACCUUCCUGGUGAGCAGCACCGACACAUGGGUGGAUCCUGGGAUGGGGGCAGACACCUUGAGGCCUCUGCUACGUAUUCAAGGAUAAAUAUAAGGCACCAGAGUAAAAGUGGGACAAAGAGAAUAUGGAGAUGGGAGGUCUCUCAGUCGGGUAGAGCAGAGCAUUGACAAUAUGCAGACCACAUGUGUCCACUCCUGUCAAUCAGCAGCUGGUCACCACCAGAAAGGUUCAUCUCUCCUAAUUGAGGUGACUUGUUGGGAGAAGUUUUCCUUUUUUUUUUUUUUUUUUUUUAACGGUUUCCUGACUUUCAACUUGAGUGCCUUCUCCUAUUGUCAUUCAUUUCUUCUUUGCCACCCAGCUAAGAUCUCUUUUCUGUCUUUCUCUUUCCAACCUUACACUGUGGCCGUCAGUUCAUUUCAGCCUUCCAGUGCUACACCCACUUCUUGGCUGACACACUUCUGCUCUAAGGUGACUGAUUUUCUUGGCAAUUUUCAGAGAGUGGUGCUAACCCCUAACCUGCUUUCCGUACCCCGUCCUCCCCGCCCGCAGUACUGGUUGUGCUAAUUGUGAGUGUCUUGCAUACUAACGGACUCAUUUGGUGGCAUGGAUAGUUAACAGCGUGGGGUGGUGUUCAGCUCAAAAGCCAUGUUCUAAUUUCACUUCCCCUGGAGCCAGCAGCCUGUUCCACACCAAGUGCAUGCCCCACCUCUCCUCUGUUCCCUGGGCCAGUUUGAGUGCAUGUUUUCCAAUGGCACCUGCAAAGCCACUUGCCUUCUUGGGAGGGUUAACCCUGAGACAGUACCUUAUAGGGAGGGCUCUGUCACCCUUGAAAAGAAUGCUUUUGUCUAACAACCUCUGAAAACUGUCCUGUACAGUAGCGUCUUUUUAUUUUGGUUCUAACAUAAUUACUAAAUGCCAUUGACCCAAAUCACAGGUGAUUCAUUUUGUAGGGAUUUUUAAAAAUAUUUGCUCUCAGGCUUUAUCACAAGUUUGACCCUUGCUGUGUAUUGUGAACAUGUCAUCACACUAUUCUAGCAAAUCCUUCCUCUAUGGCAGCCUGCACCAUAGAUUCAAGGGGUUGGCGGGUGCUCUUCUUAUCCCCCGUGGCUCCUAAAGCCCCAAUAAUUCAGGAGCUUUAAACAAGGUAGUCACUGUCACAGGAGAGAAAUGGCUUUGAGAAAUGACCGAGGUCAACCCCAGGCCUGGAGCACCAAGUUUAAAUGCUCCUGUGACUUGUCUUAAAGCACAUAUUCCUGCAGCCUCAUUGACCUGGAACAGCAGGACAAUCAAAGUGCUCCUCAAAGAACCAGCAUAUCAUGUGCUGUGGAGCUGUUGAGGCCAGGCCUCGCAGUCUCAGGCUGCAGUUGGUGUCUGUCCUGCAUGGAGCCAGAACCACCCUGACCUCUGAGCCUCUGCCCAGCCCUGCAUGCCGCAUCCCUCGCUGCAUUGGUGUAGAGCCUGGCCAGUACGAAGUCGUUGCUCUUGUCUUAUCUUCUCUUGCAGAGUCUCCCUCCCUUUCUAGAAUGUCUACCAAAGAGAGCCUUCCUCCCUCUCAGCCUCUCUUUAGCUAGCCUCCCUCUCUCAUUGCAAGGCAUGUCUGUGACCUUUGGUGAUCAUUUACAGUGCCACGUGGAACCCUGUAUUUUGCACACAGCAAACAAUGUUUAGCUUUAUUUAUGGUAUUUGAUGCUGUAAAUGAAAAUAAAUAUGGUUCUUUAUAAAGCU